AUGGGAGCCCCUUACGACGUAUCACUGGGACACACGGCAUCUGGACCUUCCUGCUGCCUGUCAUGCCUUUGUCGCUGCAUCAGACCUCGCAGCGCACACUGCCAGGUUUCUCAGAUCCCAUUGACGAGGAUUGGAUGCCUGCUCUCAGCCUCCGAAGCUCGCUUCCACGGCAAACAUUCGGUCCCCCUACGUCUUCGUCGUUAUUUCCUCUCCGCGCUUUCACGAUGUUCAAUCGUCUUGGAUCGCGGUGGCCUCGGUUUCCGAUCUAUCCUUACUAAAUCGAGACCCAUUGCGCGUCCCUCCAUCCCUCUUGCCCAGACUUUUCCCGCCGUCAUUGAGGGGCUCUGUGCGGUUAGCCCGACGUCCUUGAUCAAAACAGCUUCAAGCUGGUCAGGGGACAUCCCCAUGCACGCAAGCCUCAAGGUGCGCGUCAUGAGCCACAAACGCCACACAUCGGAAGCUGCUUCAUGGGACAAUAGUGACGACUCAGCCACAGAUGCGUUCCAGGGUCUGCCUGUCUUGUCCAUGUCGAGGCCCCCAACAACUCAAGAAGUCAAGGUUGAUGCUAUUCUUUUCUCCAGCGGACAUCGGUCCGUCCGCGCUCGUCGCGGAGAAGGACGCAAUGCACUGACGAUCCAGGUGGUUCUUUUCCUCCGCCUAAGAUUUCCUUUUCCUCGGCUGGGCAAGACCGGCAGGCUUGCGGCAAGGCUAGCUGUGGCUGGUAACUGUGAGACAUGCACGUCUGAGGCUACUGCCCACCAGCCAUUGUUGGUUCAGCAUUGGACAUGA